AUGCAACGGCUCCCUAUACAUGUACAACAGAUACUGGCUAACGCCCACCAGGAUACCGAACUAAAAGAUUUAGCCCUUAUGGCUGAUAAGAUAAUGGAGAUACAAACGCCAACGAUCUCAAACUUAUCACCUCGUACAUCUGACGACGAACUCGUUAAAGCCGUACGCUCCUUGCAACAACAACUGGCUUCCAUUACUAUCACCAGACGAAGGAGCAACUCUCGAUCUAAUCAACGGCGUACUCGGAGUGUUAGUCGUCUCCGUGGCAUAUGCUGGUACCACCGUAGGUUCCGCAACAAGGCGAAAAAGUGCGUGAAACCGUGUCGGUUUUCCGAUUCGGGAAACGACCACGCCAGCACGUAA